AUUAAGUUGUUGAAUUAAUUAAUAUUUUUGUCGAUUGUUUUUCCGUCGGUUAAAUUAUGUUCCUUUAUGUUACAUCACUUGAAGAGAGGAAUGUAUUUACGGUAUGAAUAGGAAAUGAAAUGUAUUAGUACUGUGCCAAUACGAGGCAAGCAGUAUUAUGAGGAGUUAUUUUUCAUACUUUAAGUAAUGCUUAUCAAACAUAUUUUUACACAAGAAUAUAGGAGAUUUAGAGAAGUAAAAUAAUUAUUCAAGAAUGGCUCAAAGUGCUUCUCUUUUAACACGUAUAGUGGCUACUUCUAUAUCAGCUACAAUACGUGCAGGAAAAAUAAUUCGUGAUGUUAUGAGUGAUGGAGGCUUAAAAAUAGUAGAAAAAGGCAAAAAUGAUUUACAAACUGAAGCUGAUCGCUGUGCACAGAAAUGUAUUAUAACUUCUUUAAGUCGACUAUUUCCAAACAUUACUAUUAUUGGAGAAGAAGAAUCCAAUAGUUGUGAAAUACCAUCCGAUUGGAUUGUUACCGAAGCAGAUCAAGAUAUUUUGAAGUUAAAAUUGCCAGCGCAUCUUGAAAAUAUAGAUCCAAAAGAUGUGUGUAUUUGGGUAGAUCCUUUAGACGGCACAUCUGAAUACACACAAGGACUUGUAGAGCAUGUUACGGUAUUAGUGGGAGUAGCAAUUGGAGAGAGAGCAGUUGGAGGCGUGAUUCAUCAACCAUAUUAUAAAGAUAAUGAAAAGGGUAUAUUAGGUCGUACAUUAUGGGGUAUCAAUGGAGUAGGAUAUGGUGGAUUUGUACCAGUUUCACCUCCUGAUGGAAAAAGAUUUAUUACAACCACGCGUUCGCACUCGGAUAAAAAUGUUAAGGCUGCUAUAGAUGCUUUGAGCCCAGAUGAGGUAAUUCGUGUAGGUGGUGCGGGCCAUAAAGUAAUUUUACUUUUGGAAGGUAAAGCACAUGCUUAUGUAUUUGCUAGUCAAGGUUGCAAAAAAUGGGAUACUUGUGCACCUGAAGCAGUAUUGCAUGCAAUUGGUGGAACUUUAACUGAUUUUUAUGGAGAAAAAUAUGCAUAUCACGCAGAAACAAUACAUCCGAAUUUAAGAGGUGUUUUAGCUACUGCUCCUGGACAGGCACAUCAGUGGUAUUUAAAUCAUAUACCAGAAGAAGUCAAACAAAAUUUACAAUAACACAAGUAAUUUACUUUAAUGGUAUACUUUUUAUAUCAUUUCUUAAUGAAUUUGUUUAUAUAUUUAUUAUAUUUUAAUUAACACUUUCCUUGGAUCGCAUACGUCCUUCAUAGAACUUUCCAUUCAUGCCGUCUGAUAUUUUUAUCAAGAACGAAAAUUUUUGAAAAGAUUUGUUCUAAAAUCUUAUAUAGAAUAACAUCUAUAAUGUAUUUAUUAUAUCGUGACUCAUUAAAUCUCAGGUGGUAUGAAAAUCAUUUUUUGCAUUAUUAUAAAUAUUGUAGAAUAUACGUCAAAAACAAAAAUAUUAGUCAUGAUAAUAUGAAGGUGACCUAUGCGACCUAAAUGGAAAGACAUUAAAUAUCGGCCCAGUAUGGAGCAUUAAUAAUCUAUAUUUUAUU